UGAUGAUUUUAUAUAUUGAAUAUAAAUAGUAGUAACUCGACGACUUUUGGACAGUUGAUCCACAACUUUGCCUGCAGAUCAGCGACGGGGCAGAGGCAGUGAAAUUCAAUUGUAUAGUAUGGAGCAUCAACCUUCAGAGGUAUGUGACCUAAUGCCUUGUAAACUGGACUGGUGUCAACUGAAGUUAAAUGGCUGGGUAUUUUGGAGCAUAAAACACAACGACGAGUUGGAAUACCAGCGAUCCAUUAACUCCAUCUUUUCCUAUUCUGUUGUUUCCUCCAUCUUUCCAACUGAGAAAUGGAGGAUCCAAUCUGUUAUGGAGAAAAUCAUGUGGAAUCCAAAUAUUUCUCUGUUUCAAUUCUGGGCACCCAUCAAGGUCAAUGGAUCCACUUUCCUGUCCACUGCGGAUCAACCAUUUGCUUUCUAUAACCAACUUGAUAAGAGGCUCUCUUCAUACAGGAAGCUCUGUUUAGAUACUAUGAUUCCCAUGGACAACAAGGAAAUUCCAUUUGGUCCCCCUGGACGAGUUUUCUCAAGAUACUUGCCAGAAUAUAACCCCAACGUCCUAAGCUACUCCUCUGCAGAGUUUCCACUGCUUCAAACUGCAAUUCCCUUGGGAAUUCAUUCUUAUUAUGCAUUUCCAGUUUCCAACCUCCAUGAUGGCCAGUGCCUUGGUGUAUUCGAGAUUGUAUCUACACUACCAUAUCUCCCUCUUCACACCCUUAUUAAGUGGUUGAAUUUCGAAUCAGUUGGCUUGUACAUUCCUAACUCAUUGGGCAUGCCUUUUGGACCUUCAAAGCGGCUGGAUGAUGAAAGACUUGGCGAUAUAAAGGCCGGGUUAUAUGAGAUCCUUGAAAGACAUAGUUUACCCUUUGCUCAAAUUUGGAUUCCUUUUUCUCUACCUUCCUCUUUGAAAGUCUUGUAUCGUGUUGGUGGCUCAAUCAAUGAACGUGCACAAUCAAUGUAUUAUGAGUUUGAAUAUUCUUCUGAGGUCUGUUUUAUUAAGAGUGGCGAGGCAUUGGUUGGGAGGGCAUUUGCAUCCCAAGGUUCAUGCUUUUGCAAAGAUGUUACUCUAUUAAGCAUCAAUGAGUACCCUGUGUUGCCUACUGCACGAAAAGCUAGAUUCACUCACAGUUUUGCAAUUUGUUUGCAAAGUAAAUGCGCCAACAAUUUUGUAUGCGUAGUUGAGUACUUUCUGCCAAGCAACGAAAUGGCUGUUAGAGAUACAAAGACUUUCUUAAACAUGCUUUUAACCACAAUGAAAGAACUACUUCCAGGUUUCAUAGUUGCUUCUGGAAAUGAACUAGGGCAGAGGAUGCUCGUUGAAGUUGUUAAAGUUUCCCCGAAUGAUGAACUUGACUCCUUUGAAAUUGGCCAAACUCUGCCGAGUGUUCAAUCACUUCAGGAUGGAGGAGAAACAAUAGCAAUUGAUUCUUUCUAUCAAGAGUCAGAUUUUAUGAAGAAGCUUGUUGAUGCUCUUGCACUAGUGAUUUCUUCUUGUUCAUUAGACAAGUGUGACUCACUCAACUGUGAAGGGACAGUGGAAGUUGAUCCGUCACUGCCUCAUCCAAUAGAGGAAGCUGUGACAAACAGAGGAACGGUUAACGUGGAUGUAGCACAUGAUGACCACAUUGAGGAUACAAGUGAAAUGAUGCAACUUGAUUCACACUUUGAGCAACCAAAUUUAGAAAUUAAUUCUGUAGGCGCAAGGAGUAAUGACACAGUGGAGCAUAGGGAUUUUAGUUAUGCAAGACAAUCGGUUGAAGCUGAAGCUAUAAACAGAGAAAACAACUUUGUCAGUGGAGCAAUGACUAACAACGAGAAAAUCCAUUCACAGAAGAACAACGAAUUACGAAGGAUAGAAAAAGAUCAUGGGAUUACUCGCGAGACUUUGGAGCAGCAAUAUGGCACGCUUCUUAAAGAUGCUGCCAAAAAUCUAGGUGUUAGUCGAGCAACACUAAAACGGAUAUGUAGAGUAUAUGAAAUCACUAGAUGGCCAAAUCAUAAGACUAGAAAGGUUAAUGUCCAUGUUAGCCAUGGCGUAUCUUUUCAAGGUGCUGAACCAUAUGUGGGCGAUCAACAAUGUCCUGCUCUUUCCCAAGAAAAAGGCAUCAAAUAUUUGGGUAACAAAAGAUCUCCUGCAACAGGAGUAUCUCGUGAUGGUGUGAUGACUUUAAAGGUUACAUAUAGAGCUGAUAUGAUAAAAUUUCAACUCUCCCUUUUAUCAACGAGGGUAGAAUUGGAGGGGGAAGUGGAAAAGAGGUUUAAGAUAUCAAGGUUUUCAAUAAAGUAUCAAGAUGAAGAUGACGAUUGGAUUUUGAUAACUUCUGAUUCAGAUUUGAGGGACGGGAUGAAUUCACUUAGAUUGUUGGGAAGGAAUACAAUGAGAUUAGAGGUUAACCCAGAAUCUGACACAUGACGGAUUUUCCAUAUGUUUUGUUAUGGUUCAUCUUCAUUGCAGUUUUCUUUCUUGCUUUCUCUAUCUCCUUUGCUUUUUCCUUUUUAAGUUAAUUAAUUAUUUUGGCUUUGUUAUCUUUUUCUCCAUUAAUGACUUGCUAAUGUUAAUUAAUUCCAUAUAUUUAUUGCAAAA